AUGGUUCUCAUCUGGACACAGUUUGGCGUGAAGCAUAAGAACGUCAAGUGCAAGGUGCGAGUGAUCCAUGGCGAGGAAAGCUGGACCUCAGAGGAGGUGCACGAGGACCCUGAGGUACCAAGUCCUCCUCCUUCACCAGUGUGUCUGGACCACUAUGCUGUGUUAGGCGUGUCGAGCGACUCAAACGAGGAGGAGAUCAGACGUGCAUACAAGCGCCUGGCACUGCGCUACCAUCCGGACAAAAACUCAGAUGCAGAUGCAGAAGAGAAAUUCAAACAGAUUGCACAAGCCUAUGAGGUUCUCACAGACCCCGAGAAGCGCAGCCUCUAUGACCAGCAAGGUGAGAACUUUCUUUCCAAAGGACACAUUAUCCCCAUUUUCAAACACACAGACCCCACCCCUAGUGGCCCCAAGACUGACGCCCACGCCUGGCGCAUCUUCUUCAACUUUGAGUUUGACUCAGAUGAGGACCUCUUCAAUCCAUUUCUGAGGAACCCUCAACCCCACCUAGGCCGUCACCAUAGCAACAAGACAGGGUCCCACCCUGGGGGUGUAGCCGAAGUGCAUGAACUCCACGUGUCCCUGGAAGACAUUCUGACAGGUGUUACCAAGCGAGUGAAAGUCACUCGGCUCCGGCCCACAGACAAGAACGUGCUUCAGCCAGAGGAACGAGUGAUCGAUGUAGAGGUGAAGAAAGGAUGGAAGGAAGGAACAAAGAUCACCUUUCCAGGGGAGGGACAUGGGGCAUCUGGCCAUGGCCCAAAUGACCUCACGUUUGUGGUCAAAGAGAAGAAGCAUGCUCAUUUCAGACGGGAAGGGUCCAACAUCAUCUACACAGCCACCAUAAUGCUCAGAGAGGCAUUAUGUGGAUGCACUAUUAGUGUCCCUACCCUUGAUGGACAAGCAAAGCCUGUCCCCUGCAGUGAUGUCAUCAAGCCUGGCUCAGUGAGAAGACUAAUAGGAGAGGGGCUUCCCCGGGCUAAGAACUCAGCCCAGCGUGGUGACCUAUUGGUCGAGUUCCAGGUGGUGUUUCCUGAGCGUAUCCCGCCAUCCAGCAAAGAGAUCAUCAAACAUAGCCUUGGACAAUGUUAACACAAUCUUGCAGACAUACACAGAUCUAGUGAAGGCUGCAGCAAUAUUUUUGUCUCUGU